GGGAUGGGAGUGCAUCAAGGGCGGAAACUCCUCCCUCUUCACCUCCCCACCCCACCUAGGUGACUGGGUAGAUGGUUCUCUAAGACCAUGGGUUCUUUGGUAAAGCAGGCUGAUUUCCUCACUCACCAGUGUUCACAUGGAGGAGGUAGAGCAGUUGUUUUGUGUUUUUGUAUUUUGGGUAUGAGGAGCUUGUUUUGCCUCUACGUAAGAACACAGAAUUGCCACAUCUCUCCCUAUGAGAUAUUAAUGAUGGGUGCUGGCCUCAGCUCAGUACAAAAGAUCAUAGGGGUAAGAACACUUUACUUGCUUCUGGUUUGGGUAACUAUUAGUAAUCCGGGCAAGGAUUUGGGUGAAUUAACAUAUCUCAUGCUUAGAUCUGUCUGAGAUUUUCUUUCUCUGGUGUGUUUACUGUCGGAAGUACAGCUUUCAGGCAUCCAUGGUGCAAAACAUGUGCUGUUCCUGUGCUUGUGCAAGUUAGCAGGCAGGCUGCUGAGAGGUCUGAAUGAGGGUGGGGGUGGGGUGAGAUUAAGUCCCCAGCUACAAGAGGUCCCCUGGGGCUAAGUGAAAGGCUUGUUCUUUUGAAAUGGUCUCUGUUGGUAAUUAACAACAUAUCAUGAAUACUAUGGUGUCGGAUAAAGAGGAUUUGUAGGCACAGUGUUGGUGGAGGCUGACCGCCACCAUUCAAGGAAGCGGUUCAGUCUGUGAACAUUAGUGUUCUGCCAGGUGAUGAGAGCUGGUCCUGAGGAAAGCCCAGAGACUGAUUCUCACAGUUUUGGACGGGCUCCCAAUUCCCGUUUCCACCACCUACUUCCCAUACUGUCCUUGAGAUCAAUGAAUGGUAGCUUCCUGUUGUAGCAAAUAUUUGAAUAAGAGGUUUGGUUUCUGCUGUGCCUUCUGUUACAAUAAAAACGUGUGCUGUAUAAAUUUAAUUGGCUUCGUUAAUGUGUAAGCCUUCUCUGCAAAGGGAGGUAAUUUGGGGAGGAGCAGAAUCUUGAGAAUACGCAGUGCUUCUUAUGUAGGCUGUUGCUUUAAUAUGACCAGCCUGAGGUGGAAGCUACUCACUUAGAAUAUUGGUUGAUGACAACGCUGGCUUGAACAAAGUGACCAGCCUCAAAUGGCCACUAGCUUUCCUGGGCUUCAGGUUGCUAGGGCUCAGGAGGUAGCUGUUUUCCCCGCGAAAAGGGGCGGGGUGAAUUGAUGGGUUAGCGGGGGAAUACAUAUAUGAUUUCUGCCUCUCCGCGGUGAUAAGGAUCCACGGACAAAUGCAAACUGAACAGGAGGAAGGUUGAAAGAAACGUUGAUAUUUAUUAUAUUGGGGGGUUGUUUGGGGGGGCUGUAUGUGUGUGUGUUUCCUCGCAAUGCUACGACGCAUUAACCCUGCUGCUAUUGGGACAUUCUCUGCUCAGCCUAUUGGCUGAGCCCAGGAGUUGCUGCCUGCCAAUCGGGUAAUGAAAGGCAGACAAAUCUACCCCGCCACCAGCAAAAAACGGCGCGUAACCCUUGCAGCGCCGGCGGAGCCGCGCCAGACCUGGCGCGGGCAAGGGAGAUAGGUGUCUCCAGCUGCUGUGGCUGUUAGGGGCGGGUCAGCUUCUUUGGCGUCUCCGGACCAAGUAGAGAAUUAGCGGACGGCAGCAAUGCCCAGCACGGUGAGGAGCUGGGUAGAAAUUUGGUGGGGGGCUACCCUUUUGUUCCUCUUUUGCCACCUGGGCUACGUUUAUGGGCAGAUUCGCUACCCGGUCCCAGAGGAGUCACAGGAAGGGACUUUUGUAGGGAAUGUCGCCCAAGAUUUUCUGCUGGAUACAGAGAGUCUAUCCGCUCGCAGGCUGCAGGUCGCUGGAGAGGUGAACCAAAGACACUUCCGUGUGGAUUUGGACAGCGGAGCCCUGCUCAUCAAAAAUCCAAUCGAUCGAGAGGCACUGUGUGGGCUCAGUGCCAGCUGCAUCGUGCCCCUGGAGUUUGUAACCGAAGGGCCUUUGGAAAUGUACCGAGCGGAGGUUGAGAUCGUAGAUGUGAAUGAUCACGCCCCCCGAUUUCCGCGGCAGCAGUUGGACUUGGAAAUCGGGGAAGCAGCUCCGCCAGGACAGCGUUUCCCCUUGGAAAAGGCUCAGGAUGCAGAUGUUGGGAGCAAUUCCAUUAGCAGCUACAGACUAAGCUCCAAUGAGCACUUUGCCCUGGAUGUCAAGAAGCGCAGCGACGGCAGCCUGGUCCCAGAGCUUCUUCUGGAAAAGCCGUUGGAUCGUGAGAAGCAAUCCGACUACCGCCUGGUGCUGACUGCUGUGGAUGGGGGGAACCCCCCUAGAUCUGGCACCGCAGAGCUCCGGGUGUCAGUGCUGGAUGUGAAUGACAACGCCCCAGCCUUCCAGCAAUCCAGUUACAGGAUCAGCGUGUUGGAGAGCGCGCCAGCGGGCAUGGUGCUCAUUCAGCUCAAUGCCUCUGACCCAGACCUGGGACCUAGUGGUAACGUCACCUUUUCUUUUAGUGGUCACACCCCUGACCGGGUGAGAAACCUCUUUAGCCUUCACCCCACUACUGGAAAGCUUACCCUUCAGGGGCCUCUAGACUUUGAGAGUGAGAAUUAUUAUGAAUUUGAUGUAAGGGCUCGUGAUGGGGGUUCUCCAGCCAUGGAGCAACAUUGCAGCCUUAGGGUGGAUCUUCUAGAUGUAAACGACAACGCCCCCCACAUCACAGUAACCUCUGAGCUUGGAACUCUACCAGAGAGUGCAGAACCUGGCACUGUGGUAGCACUAAUCAGUGUCCAGGACCCUGACUCGGGGUCAAAUGGAGAUGUGAGCCUCCGUAUUCCUGACCACUUACCAUUUGCCCUCAAGUCUGCCUUCAGGAACCAGUUCUCCCUUGUGACAGCAGGACCCUUGGACCGAGAGGCCAGAUCCAGUUACGACAUCAUGGUUACCGCUUCUGAUGCUGGGAACCCUCCCCUGAGUACCCACAGGACUAUUUUCCUCAAUAUUUCAGAUGUGAAUGACAACCCACCCUCAUUCUUUCAGAGGUCACAUGAGGUGUUCGUUCCUGAGAACAAUCGCCCGGGGGACCUGCUUUGCUCCCUCGCAGCCUCUGACCCAGACUCUGGCUUAAACGCGCUAAUCUCAUACUCUCUCUUAGAGCCCAGAAACCGAGAUGUGUCGGCUUCUUCCUUCAUCUCCCUGAACCCCCAGACGGGAGCCGUUCAUGCUACUAGAUCAUUUGACUAUGAGCAAACACAGACACUGCAGUUUGAGGUGCAGGCCAGGGACAGAGGCAGCCCGCCACUCAGCAGCACUGUCACAGUGCGCCUGUUCGUUCUAGACCUCAAUGACAACGCCCCAGCUGUGCUACGCCCUAGGGCCAGGCCUGGUUCCUUAUGUCCCCAAGCAUUGCCUCCGUCGGUUGGCGCUGGACACCUAGUCACAAAGGUGACGGCUGUGGACUUAGAUUCAGGUUACAAUGCUUGGGUUUCCUAUCAGCUCCUGGAGGCCCCAGAUCCCAGCCUGUUUGCAGUCUCCCGAUAUGCUGGGGAAGUUCGGACUGCUGUACCCAUCCCAGCUGACCUCCCACCUCAGAAGCUGGUCAUUGUGGUGAAGGACAGCGGUAGCCCACCACUCUCUACCUCUGUUACUCUCCUAGUGUCCUUAGAGGAAGACACUCAUCCAGUUGUCCCCGAUCUUCGAGAAUCCUCAGCUCCCAGGGAAGGAGAAUCCCGCCUAACGCUGUACUUGGCUGUGUCCUUAGUGGCCAUUUGCUUUGUCUCCUUUGGUUCUUUUGUGGCACUGCUCUCUAAGUGUCUCCGUGGGGCUGCCUGUGGAGUAACGUGCUUUCCUGCUGGCACCUGUGCCUGUCUCACCAGAUCUCGGAGGAGGGAGGGGCUUCCUCCUUCCAAUGGGAUCCUCCGAAUCCAGCUAGGGUCAGAAGAUCCUAUCAAGUUUGUUGACGUGGGAGGCCAUUCUCAUGGCUGUACACCGCUGGCUUCUGCGCCCACUCGGAGCGAUAGCUUCAUGAUGGUGAAGUCACCCAGCGCACCUAUGGCAGGGGAGCCUGUGCGCCCAAGCUGUCCACCCUCUGAUCUUCUCUAUGGGCUUGAGCAAGCCCCGCCCAACACUGACUGGCGUUUCUCUCAAGCCCAGAGACCCGGCACGAGCGGAUCCCAAAAUGGGGAUGAAACCGGCACCUGGCCCAACAACCAGUUCGAUACAGAGAUGCUGCAAGCCAUGAUCUUGGCCUCUGCCAGUGAAGCCGCUGAUGGGAGCUCCACUCUGGGAGGGGGCGCUGGCACUAUGGGUUUGAGCGCUCGAUACGGACCCCAGUUUACCCUGCAGCACGUGCCUGACUACCGCCAGAACGUGUACAUCCCUGGCAGCAAUGCCACACUGACCAACGCAGCUGGCAAACGAGAUGGCAAGGCUCCGGCAGGCGGCAAUGGCAACAAGAAGAAGUCGGGCAAGAAAGAGAAGAAGUAAUAUGGAGGCCAGGCCUUGAGCCACAGGGCAGCCUCCCUCCCCAGCCAGUCCAGCUUGUCCUUACUUGUACCCAGGCCUCAGAAUUUCAGGGCUCACCCCAGGAUUCUGGUAGGAGCCACAGCCAGGCCAUGCUCCCCGUUGGGAAACAGAAACAAGUGCCCAAGCCAACACCCCCUCUUUGUACCCUAGGGGGUUGAAUAUGCAAAGAGAGUUCUGCUGGGACCCCUAUCCAAUCAGUGAUUGUACCCACAUAGGUAGCAGGGUUAGUGUGGAUACACACACACACACACAAACCGUGCCACACACCCCUAGUGACAGCUGAACUCCACCAUCUUCCAACCCAGUCAGGCUCAUUCAUCUCCAGCCUCCCUCUCCCCACCCCACCCUUUCAGUCCACACCCUCUCUUUGAGCAAGGUAGUUGGGCUGUUGGGGUGACAGGUGAGCUAAGGGGGCUCCUAGUUCUGAACAGGUUCUGAACAAUCCUUUGGCCUCUCCUUCAGUUCAGCUGUCCCCCAAAGCAUGGUUUGGUACCAGUCUUCUCAUUUCCUCCUAGAGCCUGAGACCAAUGCUUAAGUUUUGGGGAACAGUCACCGUGCCCCUGGUACUGAUGAUGCUUGCUGGAUUUUUGGGAAGGCAUUUUGCUACUAAGCCUCUUUUCAAUGCCUGGGGACUACCAGUCUUUUGUUCUCCAUUGUUUGAUGUUCCCACUGCAUGCUGUGACUUCCUACUCCUCAAAGAAGAGACUCCUUUGCAUGUCUGGAGACAGUAGGGGGUGGUAAACUAAAGGGAAGCUGAGUGUAUACUGCUGGGAGUGGGGGCAGUGGACCAAACAGCCUGUUAAUAGGGUCUUGCAAGGGGCUCUGUACGUACCCAGGGUACUGGCUCAAUCCUCAAAUUCUAGCCAUAGACAAACAUCAGGCCAGACCCCUCCAUCCUGGUUCAGCCUGGGCAGCUUGGGCUGAGCCACCAGGACCAAUGGAUUUAAGCUGACAUUUCAGUCCAAGAAGACUUCUAAGUGAGUUUAAGACCAGAGAGGAAAGAGGGGCCUCUGUGGGUGCUGGGUACUCCAGAGGUGCCCUUGGUGGGAGGGUCAGUGGUCCUAGCAGGAAGGGAGCCCAGCAAGGUCAUUCUUGGACCCUGGGUCUAGUCCGGUAGCUAGAACAAGGGACCAAGUGGCUAUAAAGUCUCAGCCAAUGAUGGGGCUUUUCCCCUGGGCCCCUGGGCCCCUGUAUUCCUCAAGCCCCUGGCCUCCACCUUACCAGGUGCCAUUUCUUCUCAGAAGGCCACUGCCCAGGCCCCCAGGCCGCCCCCUCGUGGCCACAGACCGGUUAAAGCCCCCCAGUGCCUCCUUGUGCAUAGAACUUCCUCUGCCCGAGCCCUUACAGUAGUGUAGAAGCCCCCUUCCCCCUCCCGCUGGUGUAGAAUAGCCAAUAGUAUAGUGUGGUGUGCUUUUACGUGAUGGCGAGUGGGCAGCGGGCGGUGGGCUGUGCGCAGCCGUCUGUCCUUUGAAUCUCAAUCUGCCUGCGCGGCCAGUGCUGUGUUUUGUGCUGUGUCCACACGCUGCGGCGACCCCUCCCUGUACUGACUUCUCUAUAAAAGCUUCUCUUCGCAUAGUCACGUAGCUCCUGCCCAUCCCCCUUCCGAUAUCUCUCGCAAGUUUUAUACUCUAAUAUUUAUAUGGCUUUUUUCUUCGAAAAUUAAAAAUAAAAAAUGGUUUCUUCUGAAAGUC